CCAAUAUUGUGUGCAGCGACGGCUGAUCGACGUCAGGAGAAGAAGAAUAAACAAAUAGCCAUAUACCUAUGUGCACGUACAUAGCUACGCACGUGUGUGUCUGUGUGAGCCAAGACCGGAAGUCCGAUCGACCGGAAUCGGAAGUUCGACUAUAUAGAAACUAAAUAUCCUCCCGAAGAUCGCUUACCUAAGUUUUCGCGUGUGCCAGCAAGCAAAAUUACUAAAUUAAACGGAAAAAAAUCGAAAAAGCGUGCCUGCCAAUUUGAUUUAACUCGGCUGAGACUGCAGUUUGUUGUAUUCGUUUUGGCCAGACGUCAAAUUCGAUUUUUAUGACUUUUGAAAGCGUGACUAAGACGUGAUUUAUGAUGGCGUGUGGUUUUUAAUAUUCAUGUGGACGCGCUCCGAACCUCUCAACCUGCGUAGGUGCGCCAAACAAUAAAAAGCACAAAAAAUCACCGCGGCAAGCAGCAACAUCUCGGCCCCGAGGCAUUAUCCCGAUAUCCAGCUGAGUGUGUGCGUGGACCCGACUUUUUUAUGGAGGCAGUUAAGCACUUGAGUGCCGCUGCUGCGGCUGCUGCUGCUGCUGCUGCCGCUGCAGCUGCAACUUGCGGCGAGUUGCCGGCCAAGGCAGCAAAAUCGCCGACCACCACCGACAUUGCCGAGGCGCUAAGCGAUCUCGAGGCGGGCACCCCGGCCACUCCGGCCAGCAGCAGCGGGGCAACAUCGAAGCACAGCAAGCCGAGUGCGGCAGCAACACCCACAGCCACGCACAAGAAGGCCGAGAGUUGCAGCAACAGCAAGUGCUCGCCAACAUCGGCAACAUCGCCGAUCGCCAGCAAGACGAGCAGUGCUGCCAUGGCAGCUGCAACAGCAACGGCAGCGGCGGCAACCAACGACCUGGCGGCGGCUGCUGCGGUCGUCCUCUCGCUGCAAGGAACCAUGGUCAGCAGCCUGCAACAGGCCGCCCUGCUGCCCGCCAACUCCGCGGCGGCGGCCGCCCUCAAUCUCCAGGCCCUGGAAUCCUACUUGGCGCUGCAGCGGCUCACCGGGAAGUCGGAUGUGUUCCGCUUCUCCGGCAGCAACACCAGCAACACUAGCAACGGCAGCAGCAGCAACAGCAACAACAGCAACACCACCUGCAGCAGCAACAACGGCAGCGAGGCGGAGCAGAGUGGCCUGCCCUCGCUGAUAGACAUUGCCAACAUAGAACUGAAGUCGAGCUGCUCGUCGAGCUCCUCGGGGGAACCCCCUUCGGUGGCAGCCACAGCGUCCGCCCCGCCGGCAACAUCCGCCCCCAGCAGCAACACCAGCAGCAUCAGCAACUCCGCCAGCACGGGGGCAACCCCGAAGUGUCUGCCGCUGCCCUCGAUCGGUACAGUUAGUGCCGCUGCUGCGGUGGCGGCUGCUGCGGCUGCCGCAGCAGCUGCUGCGAACCAACAGGCGGCCCUCGACUGCGCAACUGCCGCGGAACUGGCCGCCGAGUGCGACCUGCCACUGCUCGACGGCGAGGAUGCGCUGUCCUUCGAGGCCGGCGACUUGGACAGCAGCUACGGCAGCUUCAUGUUCAACCCCUCGGCCUUCGGCCAGGCGGACUCGGACUCCGCCCUGCACUCCCUGCAGGCCACCAUGUACCAGGACAAGAUGAGCGUCAUUUCGGGGGCGGCCGGCGGAGCGGGAGGCGGGGAGGAGGGCGUGGCGGGCAGCUCGACGGCAGCUGCGGCGGCGGCAGCGGCAGCCCAGCGGUCCAAGAAGCAGUUCAUCUGCAAGUUCUGCAACCGGCAGUUCACCAAGUCCUACAAUCUGCUCAUCCACGAGCGGACGCACACGGACGAGCGGCCCUACUCCUGCGACAUCUGCGGCAAGGCCUUCCGGCGGCAGGAUCACCUGAGGGAUCACAGAUAUAUCCACUCCAAGGAGAAGCCGUUCAAGUGCGCGGAGUGCGGCAAGGGAUUCUGCCAGUCGAGGACACUGGCCGUCCACAAGAUCCUCCACAUGGAGGAGUCGCCGCACAAGUGCCCCGUGUGCAACCGCUCCUUCAACCAGCGGUCCAACCUGAAGACCCACCUGCUCACCCACACGGACAUCAAGCCGUACAACUGCGCCUCCUGCGGGAAGGUCUUCCGCCGGAACUGCGACCUCCGCCGCCACAGCCUCACCCACAACCUGGCCGCCGGAGUGGGCGGCGUGGUGGGGGGCAACUUGAGUGAUUUAUUCGGCUCCGGGUCGAGUUCCGGGUCCGAUCUGGGCCUCACCACGGGCUCCACCAGCACUUCCGCAUCCUCCAGAGACUUGGUGGCCGUCAGCGAUUGAUCUUUCUCAGCUAUGCGAACCCACGAUCCCACUCUCAGUAAAUUUAAAUCUCAUUUGCAGCUCUCAUGACUACGAAUCCCUCCACUUCGUAAUCGUAAUCACACUAAACAGCAUUUAGUUUAGACUUAAGUUAUGUUUUAAGCUUCGGUUUAAGCCACGGAUAUUUGUGACGUAAGCUUAGCAGGAAAGUUUGACUUUGUGUAAGGCACUCGAUAUGUAAGAAACCUAAGUUAGAUUGCGGACUCUGAUUAUGCUAUCGAAUAAAUGAUAAUG